AUGCCGGCUCCCAUUGAGGAAGGCGCCAAGACACCGGGCCACCAUUCGCCCGGUCACCAUAUCGAGCUGGUCGACGACCACCCUUCACCACGACACGAGGGCGAAGCAGAUAUUCUCGACAACGAGCCCCUAGACACCGACGAGAUUAUUUGCACUCACUCCCGCAUCCAGUCCAUCUCAGCAUUGCGUCUUGAGCGCUUCAAACAAGUUGCCCGUAUUUGCCUUCGCCAAAACCUGAUCCAAGAUAUCGAAGGCCUCUCCGCCGUCGCCGAGACUCUGCAAGAUCUCGAUCUCUAUGACAACCUGAUUUCACACAUCGGCCGCGGGCUGACCGAGCUCACGAACUUGACUAGUCUGGAUCUAAGCUUCAACAAGAUCAAGCACAUCAAGCACGUCAAUCACCUGACCAACUUGACGGAUCUCUUCUUUGUUUCCAACAAGAUCAGCCGCAUCGAAGGGUUGGAAGGGCUCGACAAGCUGCGCAACCUCGAACUGGGCUCGAACCGCGUCCGCGAACUGCAGAACCUCGACUCGCUCAAGAACCUCGAAGAGCUCUGGGUGGCCAAGAACAAGAUCACCGGACUCACCGGCCUCGGUGGCCUUCCAAAGCUGCGUCUGCUCAGCAUCCAGUCGAACCGAAUCCGUGACCUCUCGCCCUUGCGCGAGGUGCCCCAGCUCGAGGAAUUAUACAUUUCGCACAACGCUCUCGAGUCGCUCGAGGGACUGGAGCACAACACCAAGCUGCGGGUGUUGGACAUUUCCAACAACAAGAUUGCCAGCCUGAAGGGCAUCGGCCCUCUCGCGGAGCUGGAGGAGUUGUGGGCGAGCUAUAACAUGGUCGGCGACUUCGCUGAGGUGGAGCGAGAACUGAAGGAGAAGAAGAACCUGACGACGGUGUACUUUGAGGGGAACCCGUUGCAGCUCAGGGCGCCGGCGUUGUACAGGAACAAGGUCCGGCUGGCUCUGCCGCAGGUGCAGCAGAUCGAUGCUACUUUUGUCCGCGUAUGA